AAGAGACACCCUGUAUUGUCUUAUACGUGUAUGUUUACAUUAUUAUUAUUUUUUAUUUACUGUUUUGAAGAGAAAUUGCGCUCCUGUUAGAGUGCUUUGUGCGAUUAUUCACGUCUGUACAGUUUAAGGAGAAUCACCUCAGCUAACUGCGAUAAUAUAAUAACGGGAUCUUAAGCAGAUUAUAAUUAUAUCAAUCGCUUCACAGCGUAUUUAGUGACGGUUUAUUGCAUUAUAUACAUCGCUCCGCAUAAGGAAUGAAACAACUUGGGACUACGACAGAUUCGACCGCAUACUAUAUGUAUAACAUGAAAAUUUAUUGCAUACAUAUUUUAUGAAAUUAUAAUUAAUGUUCUUAUGCAGUAUUACAUUGUUCUAAACAAUAAUACAAUAAAAACAUAAUUAUAAUUUAUUGGUUCCUCAAUUUCGUUCUUUCAAUUUCGCAAUUUACAUUUCGACUUUUGUUCUACAUAUUUUUGGUACAUAUAUAAUAAUUUCCUACUUUUUAUACAAAUUAUAUACUAUGGACAGUAAAUUUCCGGCCGAUCAAAUACACCUGUUUAUCCCAGAAGGAGCUAAAUUAGCCGCAGUUUUGCAAAACGAGUUGAGUACAGAUUUUGAAGAAGUCACAGUCGAAUGGGUGGAUUGUCCCGAUUUGACUGAAGAACCUUUCAACCUUGCAACACCGGGACUGUGCGGUGAUACAGCGAUUUUUGAUGUCGGUGGUGUCUCGAAUCUUUUUCCAUUUCCGCAAGAAAACAAAAUAUAUUUUUUCAAAGAUAUGGUACGAACUUUUAAUCGCCUGCGAAGAGUGCGAAGCACCCUGCCAAAUGAUACUUUAAUCAUCGGAGGAGGUCUUACAAAAGUAUCGGAAGAAAAGUUAUUAGGCGAACUUAUUAUAAAUGCGUCUUUUGACGAGAGAACGGCAGUCAUCAAGAAUAAAAGUCGCUUCGCAUUUCUAAAAACGUUGGAACAAAGCAAAAAUCAAAAGUGUAAAUUGAUACCAUUAAUUGAUAAUACUAAUCCCAAGUGCCAUAUGUAUGGCAACUUCUUUUUCAACAACGGCCUGAGAGAACAAGUUCUUAAAAUACAGGCCAAGAAUCGCGUCAGUCGCGAUUUUACAGUAGCAUUGCAGCGGGCAAUUAGUCGAUUUGCUAGUGACGGAGAUCUCAUGGGUCUCGGCGGUACAUUUGUAGUGAAAAACGGAAAAACGAAACAUCAUAUCAUACAAAAUGAUUGGAAGGGUCCGAUAAGAAAAAGUACAGAAAUUCGUAAAUGCGUUCAAUUCUGCGAAAUGCCAACGCCUGUGGUGGCAUUUGCCACGUUUCUUAGCGCAGACAGAUAUUAUUACAGUAAAUUUCCGCCAAAGAUAAAUUUUCUUACCCGAUGGCACGCUCAUUCUUACUCUGCUUUCGGCGGCGGGCACUAUCAUGAAACCAAACAGAAUUCCGAAGAUAAUAAUGUCGAAUAUCUGGGAUAUUUUUCUAUAGCGACGAAACUUUAUCGUAUUGAUCCCGUACCUAUGUUUAAUGAAAUGCCCAACUUUUCUUAUUUAUAAAGAAAUUAUAAAUAGACGCUUCAACAUGGCGUUAGAUCAUUUGUCUCAUAUAUUAUAUUUCAGAUAUAAUGACAUUACUAAUAUGUAUAAGUAUUCAAUCUUUUUUGCCAUUUUUUUAAAUAUCUCUUUUUAUUUUUAUUUUUUAUUACUUCUUUUAAUCCUUGCAUUUUCAAUGUUUUUUUUAAGUAUCAGCAAAUUUCUAUUUUUACUGAUACAUCUCUAUUAUGAUUAAUCUACAUUUUUACUUCUUAUUACGAAUAGAAGAUGCAAUGCAUUUAAGUUAAAAAUUUCUCAUUCCCUUAUAAUUUCUCUUUAAGAAUCUCUUUAGAAAUAAAAAUACUCAUAGCCAGGUAUACUAUUAGAAUUUCAGCGAAUACGUAAAAAUAUUUACUGAGGAGCUAAGUAGAGAGAAAUUAUAAUUCAAAAUAUUCGAAAAGGUAAAAUAUAAUCAAGAAUAAGCAUAGAAAGACAUAAAUAUAUAGAAAUAAAUGCAUGAAUAACAUUUUUAUAUAAUUGCAUGUAUGUACGUA